UCGAUAUAAAUGUAAAAGUCCAGAUAAUAAUAAAUUCGUACAUUCAAUUCUUUUGAAUUCGUUUGGUAUCCACAUCUUACUACUCUAACCCCGAGAAACACAUUGCCAAAUCUCUUCAUCUUCUCAAUAUAUAUUACAGAGGGAGUUGAAAGAAAUAUCAAGAAAACAAGAUACAAAACAAAAUGAGAGUAACAAACGCAAAGAAAGCUCUGGGUUUGUCAAUGUUGAUUGGGUUUAUUAGUUCUAGUCUCAUUAUAAUACAUGUCGUUGUUGGUUCUACUACUACUACUGCUGCUACUGAUGAUCAUCAUCAACAUCAUCAUCAUCGUGAUGAGAAGUACAAUCAAGAAAUGAAUCAAAUGAAGGGUAUUAAAACGAUGUUUCUUGGAAGAAAUUUGGUUUCUGUUCCCCCACUUCCUUCAAUUUCUCCUUUUCCUAGUCAUCCACCACAACAGAUGUCACCGGCAGAUUCACGAGUAUAUAAAGUAACGGCUUAUGGUGCAGACCCAACAGGAAAAACAGAUAGCACGAAAGCUCUGCAGCAAGCAUUUCUUGACGCUUUUAAUGCAGCAACAACAACCGCAACUGCAAAUGAUAAACUUAAUGAGUUUCUAAUGCAAGGCAUAACUGAUCUUGGAGGUCCUCAAAUUAACCUUGAAGGAGGUUCAUAUACCAUCAGCAGUCCUUUACAUUUUCCACCCACAGGAGGAGGAAACUUAGUGAUUCAUGGAGGAUCAUUACGGGCAUCAGAAAGCUUUCCAAAAGACGGAUACCUAAUCCAGCUUUCCGCGUCGUCUAGGUCAUCAAGUAGUGGCCUUGACUCGGAGAACAAGGAUAUGAAACAGAAUAAUGGUAGUACUAGUACUAGUUCAUAUAAACAGGAUAAUGGAAUGGAACAAGAGCUUACUUCAUCAGCUUACGCAUACGAAUACAUAACCGUCAAAGACGUAAUGUUAGAUGCAAACUACACAGGUGGUGGAAUUUCAGUUAUCAACUCACUUAGAACAACCAUUGAUAACUGCUACAUUUCUCAUUUCACAACAGAUGGAAUUCUUGUGCAAGGUGGUCAUGAGACCUACAUACAUAAUUCAUUCUUAGGUCAACACAUUACUGCUGGUGGUGAUCCUGGCGAAAAGAACUUUGGAGGAACUGGAAUUAACAUAAUGGGUAACGACAAUGCAGUGACAGAUGUUGUAAUCUUCUCAGCUGAAACAGGCAUUAGGAUAUCUGGUCAAGCUAACAUUCUUACAGGGGUACAUUGUUAUAAUAAGGCCACAGGUUGGGGUGGAACUGGGGUUUAUUUAACUUCAGCAGGCUCAAUUCAAACUCGGAUAGCCAAUUCAUAUAUGGAUUUCACUGGAAUUGUCGCUGAAGACCCUUCACAGCUUCAUAUUUCUAAUACAUUUUUUCUUGGUGAUGGUUUCAUUCUUCUGAAAUCGAAUAGGGGCGAGAUACAUGGAGUUAACAUUGUUGAUAAUAUGUUUUCUGGGAGUGGUAAAGGGAUUGAUAUUGUUCAGUUGGAUCAAUCUAAGUCUCCAUUUACAACGGUCGAUCAAAUUGUUGUUGACCGAAAUAAUGCACGAGGAAUGAAUCUUAGAUCAACUGUUGGUAAGGGAUCGAUACAAGGGAAUGGAAGUUCAUGGAGUUUAGAUUUUAAUGGGGUGUUAUUGUUUCCUAACCUCAUCAAGCAUGUACAAUACACUUUGAGUACUUCGACGGGGUCGUUUCCUAAUCAUGCCCUGACAAAUGUAACUGGUAAUCGGGUCGUUGUCGAGUCGGAUAAACCUGUUGCUGCUAAAGUUUUCGUUACGGUUGAUCAAAGUACGACGAUUGAUAGUUGAUUCUCUUGGAACUAAUAUAGUAUAUGAGUUGAUACAAUAUGAAGUCUACAUUUAUACAUCCUUUCAUGUUCAUGUAAAAUUUGUUGAAACUGAAAUUUUUUCAAGUUGAGAAAUAGCUUGCAUCUGCUGCAUUUUUAGCAGUAAAUGUAUGCAGCUAUUAUUACGUUUAUAACCGACUAAGAGUUGGUGGUGAGCCAGACAUGUAUGGUGUUUUUGAUGUUGAUCAAGAAUAAGUAAUUUGAGUCUAUGUUGGGUUUAA